AUGACUCUUUCAGCCUGUGGGGAUAGGAACGUCACUAAUGCACCGAGGGAGAUGGACCAAUCAGCAGAGAGGGAACCUGGUGAUGUCACCGGGAAGAUGGACCAAUCACCAGAGAGGAAACCUGGUGACAGCAGAGUGGUGGGCGGGGCUAACGCUAUGAAGGGGGCGUGGCCGUGGAUCGUGUCUCUCCAUUGGCGAGGACGUCACGUGUGUGGAGCGUCUCUGAUUGGUCGAGACUGGCUGCUGACUGCUGCACACUGCGUCUACGGGAAGAACAUGCACCUGCAGUGGUGGGCGGCGCUGCUCGGCCUCCACGCUCAGAGCGACGUCGCCGCCGACGUCCAGACCCGAGCAGUCGAUCGCAUCGUCAUCAACCCGCUGUACAACAGACAGACCAAACAGGCCGACAUCGCCAUGAUGCAUCUGCAGCAGCCAAUCAGCUUCUCGCGUCAGUAA